UGGUACGUCUUCUUCAUUGAUCUUGUCGCUCGAUCACUCUCGACCCACCUCUCAAUUAUAUACACUUUCUGGGUUUGGUUUUCUCUCUCUCUCUCUCUCUGUCAAAAAUGGCGCUUGAAGCUUGCUUUCGGCUGCUCUUGCUACUGCUUCUGUUUCUAAUUGCAGAACCCAAGUACGUGCAGUACAAUACGACGUCGCGCCUCGUCCCCGGGAAGCUCAACGUUCAUUUAGUCCCUCACACCCACGACGACGUCGGAUGGUUGAAGACCAUUGACCAGUACUAUGUUGGCUCCAACAAUUCCAUUCAGGGAGCUUGUGUUCAAAACGUGCUGGAUUCUUUGGUUCCCGCAUUGCUGGCCGAUAAGAACCGCAAGUUCAUAUAUGUUGAGCAGGCGUUUUUUCAGCGUUGGUGGAGAGAGCAGAGUGAGGGAACCCAGAACACGGUCAGGCGGCUAGUCAACAAUGGUCAACUGGAACUCAUAAAUGGGGGGAUGUGCAUGCAUGAUGAGGCUGCUCCUCAUUACAUCGAUAUGAUCGAUCAGACGACCCUUGGGCAUCGAUUUAUUAAAGAAGAAUUCAAUGUGACUCCAAGAAUUGGCUGGCAAAUCGACCCAUUUGGACAUUCUGCAGUGCAGGCUUACCUUUUGGGGGCUGAGGCUGGAUUUGACUCUCUUUUCUUUGCACGAAUCGACUACCAAGACAGAGAGAAACGGAAAAAUGAGAAAAGCCUUGAGGUUGUCUGGAGGGGUUCUAAGAGUCUCGGUUCAUCUGCACAGAUUUUUGCUGGUGCAUUCCCUAAGAAUUAUGAACCUCCUACUGAUAAUUUCUACUUUGAAGUUAAUGACGAAUCCCCUAUUGUGCAAGAUGAUAUGGAUCUGUUUGACUACAAUGUGCCCGAUCGCGUUAAUGAGUUUGUAUCUGCUGCAAUAUCACAAGCAAACAUUACUCGUACAAAUCAUAUCAUGUGGACCAUGGGAACGGACUUCAAGUAUCAAUAUGCUAAUUCAUGGUUCAGGCAGAUGGAUAAGUUCAUUCAUUAUGUGAAUCAAGAUGGACGUGUCAAUGCCCUAUACUCAACCCCAUCAAUAUACACUGAUGCCAAGUAUGCAGCAAAUGAGUCCUGGCCGAUCAAGAGUGACGACUUCUUUCCAUAUGCUGACAAAGUGAAUGCUUACUGGACUGGAUAUUUUACAAGCAGGCCAGCCGUCAAAGGCUAUGUUAGAGCUUUGAGCGGCUACUAUUUGGCAGCAAGACAAUUGGAGUUUUCUAAGGGAAUGAGUAAAUCGAGGCCUAACACAGAUUCUUUGGCUGAUGCAUUAGCAAUUGCUCAACAUCAUGAUGCAGUUAGUGGUACAGAGAAACAGCAUGUGGCUGAUGACUAUGCAGAACGACUUUCAAUAGGUUACAAUGAGGCUGAGAAGGUUGUUGCAGAAUCACUUGCUUGCAUGACAGAGUCGAGAUCAGAAGCUGGCUGCAAGAGUCCAUCAACUAAGUUUCAACAGUGUCCACUUCUGAAUAUUAGCUAUUGCCCCCCAUCAGAAGCUGAUCUGUCAAAUGGGAAAUCGCUGGUUAUUGUUGUCUAUAACUCUCUUGGAUGGAAGAGAGAGGAUAUCAUCAAGAUUCCUGUUGUCAGUGCAAAUGUCACUGUAAGGGACUUUACAGGAAAAGAAAUUGAAUCACAACUCCUACCUCUGCUUAAUGCGUCAGUCGGCAUAAGAAAUGACCAUGUUAGGGCAUAUCUGGGAAUAUCUCCAAGUGUGACCCCAAGUUAUUGGCUUGCAUUUUCAGCAACCGUGCCACCUCUUGGUUUUAGCACUUACAUUGUCUCAAGUGCCACACAGACAGCUACUAGUUCAGCAAGACGAACAGUAUACAAGUCAGAAGCAAGUCAAAAUGAUACCAUAGAAGUUGGGCCAGGAAACUUGAAACUUAUUUAUUCUGGAAAUAAAGGGAAACUUACUCAAUACUUUAACAGUAGAAGCUCGGUCAAAGAGUCGAUAGAACAAUCAUUCAGCUACUACGCUGGAGAUGAUGGAAGUGUGGAUGCACAGGCUGAUGGAGCAUACAUCUUCCGCCCUAAUGGUACAUAUCCCAUCCAGUCUGAAGGACAGAAAUUGCAGGUUCAUUUAACUGUUCUGAGGGGACCAUUGCUAGAUGAAGUACAUCAGAGGAUCAACUCUUGGAUAUAUCAGGUCACUAGAGUGUACAAGGAAAAAGAGCAUGCUGAGAUUGAAUUUACAGUUGGGCCUAUACCAAUUGGUGAUGGAAUUGGAAAAGAUAUUGUAACUAAGAUUACAACCAGCAUGGAAACUAACAAAACAUUCUACACAGAUUCCAACGGGCGUGAUUUUAUUGAAAGAAUCCGAGACUAUAGAAAAGACUGGGACUUGCAAGUGAAUCAACCUGUUGCAGGAAAUUAUUAUCCGAUUAACCUCGGAAUCUACGCGAAAGAUAACAACACAGAGAUGUCAGUACUAGUAGAUAGAUCUGUAGGUGGAUCCAGCAUUGUGGAUGGGCAAUUGGAACUGAUGGUUCACAGGAGGUUGCUCUAUGAUGAUGACAGAGGUGUUGGAGAACCACUAAAUGAAACUGUGUGCAUUCAAGAUGUUUGCAAAGGACUAACAAUCACGGGAAAGUACUAUCUCAGACUCGAUCCUCUAGGAGAGGGCGCUAAAUGGCGUCGAUCAUUUGGUCAGGAGAUAUAUUCUCCAUUUCUUUUAGCCUUCACAGAACAGGAAGGAGAUAACUGGACAAGUUCUCAUGUGACAACCUUUUCAUGGAUGGAUCCUUCCUACGUUUUACCUGAUAAUGUUGCAAUGAUAACCCUCCAGGAGCAGGAUGAUGGGAAAGUUCUGUUUCGUCUCGCACAUUUAUACGAGAUUGAAGAGGAUAAGGAUCUUUCAGUUAUGGCAAGUGUAGAGCUCAAAAAGGUGUUUGCAGAUAAGAAGAUAAACAAAGUAGCAGAAAUGAGUUUAUCUGCUAACCAAGAAAGAGCAGAGAUGGAGAAGAAGAGACUGGCAUGGAAAGUGGAAGGCUCCUCUGAAGAAGAAGCUGCGGCCAAAGUGAUGAGGGGAGGGCCUGUUGAUCCAACAAAGCUGGUGGUGGAUCUUGCUCCAAUGGAAAUUCGAACAUUCAUCAUCGACUUCUAUUCCAAGCAUUAGACUGCCGACAGGUAUGGACUCGAUUUUCAACAUUUGGUUGGCCACGUUUUUCAACAAUGGACUUUGCUAUCGCAAUGAGUUCGUUAGGGGCGCUUGGAGUUCUUCAAUUCAGCAGUCACUGAAUGGCAUGGAGAUGAGGGACCAAGUAGUAUGAAAUUCAAAGGCCUUAUAUGUUAUUGCUUAGCCUAGCUUUUCUCAAUAAAAAUCAGUUUUCUUCUUUGGAAAAUUGUAACGCGUGUUUUUAGCAUGAAAUACUGAAAUUGAUCUGUAUCAUCAACAUUAACCUGUGUCAACUGGAUGAGAUUAAAUUUGGUAAAAAAUAAAGAGCAGUUUAGCUAAAGCAUGAGCA